CUACAUUUCUCAUGAAAUAAGACAGAUCCCAAUAGCAAAGAAUUAUAUUAAUAAGAUGAAGAAUGCAUAAUAAUAAAUACUAUAUAUUGAGAUGAUAAUCAUAUCAUGGGGAAAUGAUAAUCAAUAAAAUCAAAAUUAAAAAUAAAUAAUGAAUAAACAGAGAUACUUAAGUACAUUGAAUUGGAAUGUAAAUUGUAUUGAUAAUCAUUCAAUUAGCGCGCAAAUCAAUUUUCCUUAAAUAAAUGACUUGAGAAAUAAAAAUAUAAAAAAGAAAGUUGAAUUUACAGUUCUACAAAAUGUUUAGAGCAUGAAUAAGUAAUCAGAUACAACAAAACAUCAGAAUCAGUAAAAAUUAACUUUUGGCAUUAUUUAGAAGUCAGAUCUAAUUCAUACAUUAAGAUCUUUUAUUUAAUUUGAAACGAAAGCCUGUUGAC